GCAUAGUCGGUUUCAUCUAAUAUUAUCUACUAUACAUUUCAUCUUUUUUGGGUCUUCAGGUGGUCUUGAAACCAACAAAUUCAAUUUCCACAGAACAAAUCCAUCUUUCAAGACAUGCCUGCCUCUGUAUGUGCGUUUGACAAAACAUAUGAGUUGUCUUUGUUUUGUUCUUAAUAAUAUCACAGAUAGAGAUAACUCUUAUUUUUAUUCCUUACACUAAUCUGACACAAGUUAACUUAAUAAGAAAAGUAUUUGUUUACUCUAAAUUAUCUGUUAAACACAAAGGUUAGUCAUUUCAGCCUUCAAGUUCAAGUAGAUCCAGAUCAGAGUUUUGUAGCGUCUCUUAAACCUCAAACUAUCUCAAAAGUCAACUCUUUUGUAUUGAUCACAUGAUGAUACCAUAUCUUUAGGGUUAAGCUAUAAACACUGGUACAUAAACCAUCUAUUAUAUAUAUGUCUCUCCAGAACCUCAAAAGAGAAGGAAGAAGUCAAAGGGAUCUGUUAGAACCAAGAACCUCACGGUGAAUAUGAAGUUGUUUGAUGCUCAUUGCCACCUUCAAGACAAGAGGGUCAUCGACAAAGCCUCUCAGCUCAUAUCUGCUGCUUUAGCUGUCGGUGUUACCAAUUUCGCUGUCAAUGGAACCUCCGAGAAAGAUUGGGACUUGGUGAAAGAGAUGGGAGAGACGUAUCUUUCCGUUGUUCCUUGCUUUGGACUUCAUCCUUGGUUUAUUGCUGAUAGAAGCCCUCAUUGGUUUAACACAUUGAAGAAGUUCUUUGAGACCACUCCUACUGCUGCUGUUGGAGAAAUUGGUUUGGACAAAGGUCCCUUAGCAGGAGGAAUUGAUUACUCAGACCAGCUUGUCGUGUUUCGCCCACAGCUUGAACUUGCAAAGGAACUGAACAAACCAGUAGCAGUUCAUUGCAUCGAUGCAUUCGAUGAUCUCCUAGAGAUAAUGAGAUCCGUAGGGCCUUUUCCUGCUGGUGUGAUUCUUCAUUCAUUCAAUGGUUCAGCUGAAGUUGUUCCUAAACUCGCUGAGCUUGGUGCAUACUUCUCUUUUUCUGGCUGGUUCACUUAUAUUGAUGAGAAAAUUGCCAAAAAGACUUUGAAAUCGAUUCCUUCCGAUAGGUUCUUAUUGGAGACGGAUUCACCUGACGGGUUACCAAAAUCAGAUGAGAGUUCUUCGGAUCCAAAACCAACUCUCAAUGAGCCUGCAAACAUUCUUGCUGUACUAGAUUAUGUUGCAAACCUGUCAAACAUGAAGAAGGAAGAGCUUGCGGAGUUAAGUUAUGUGAAUUCUGUGAGGUUGUUUUCUUAUCCAGGUUCUAAAUUGCUUACAUACCAGUAAAAAUGGCGUCUCUCUACAGAAUUGUAACAUCAUCUCUGAUCAAAGAGACAAAUAAAAUCAUCUUCUGCUUCUGCUGUUGUGUGUUAUUAUUUGUUUGUUCGUUGAUGUGUUUGUGACAAAACUCAAUUCAAUACCAAAAUCGUCUCUCUUAAUUGUUGUUUAUGUUGCUUACUUGGUAGAAGUUGUAACUAUGUAUCGUUUUCUUAUUGUCUUGUGUAAACCAUAAUAUCAUAACAGUAUUCCCUUUCUGAA